AUGAAGGCCCUUCGUUCUCUUUUGCUUCUGCUCAUCCUCCUGAAGCCGUUCACCUGCCAUCCAGCUGGCAGGAAUGAGAAGGAAAAGGGCUCUAACAAACUCCUUCUGGUUUCUUUUGAUGGAUUCCGUUGGAAUUAUGACCAGGAUGUCGAUACCCCAAACAUGGAUCUCCUGGUGAAGCAGGGAGUGAAGGCUGAGUACAUCACACCGCCUUUCGUGACCAUGACUUCCCCAUCGCAUUUCACAACCAUCACCGGUCGUUGGAUUGAAGAUCAUGGAGUGAUUCACAAUCUGAUGUUUAACCCAGAGACCCUGAGGAAGUUCUCUCAUAAGGCAACCCAAAACAAGACAGAGUGGUGGGACAAUGGGGUAUUGCCAUUAUGGAUCACAGCUCAGAACCAGGGGAAAAAAACAGCCUCGUUCCAUUAUCCUGGCGGUGGUGCCACUUACAAGGGGCAGUCAGUCGACAGAACUCUAGUAGAGUCAUUUGAUCAUCCUGACAGCAAUGAGACAGAGUGGAGAGAAAACAUCGACAUGGUUAUGAGCUGGUUUACCAAAGAGAACUUUGAUUUUGUCACACUUUACUAUGGAGAACCCGAUCAAGUGGGGCACAGAAAGGGCCCUGAAACAGAAGACAGGAAGAUGAUAAUUCAACAGAUUGAUAGGACCAUUGGCUACCUUGUAGAAGCUAUUGAGAAACAUAGCCUGAAGGAUAAGCUGAAUGUCAUCAUUACAUCUGAUCAUGGUAUGACCACAGUAAAGAAGAAACCUGAAGUACAGGAGAUCUUACUGUCCAACUAUAUCAAAUUCAGCAAGUUGGUCAAAUUUGACAUACUGGACUAUGGAGGCUUUGGGAUGAUAACCCCGAAACCAGGAAAAGAAGAGGAAAUAUAUCAGGCACUGAAGAAUGCUCAUCCUCAUCUAAAGGUGUAUAAAAAAGAAGAGUUUCCUGAACACUUCCACUAUGCGAAAAAUGAACGUGUUUUACCAAUCCUUGUUUAUGGUGAUCCCGGUUAUAGUGUUAAUGGGAGGUUUAUAUUAUAUGUUAACAAAGGAGAUCAUGGAUUUGACAAUGAGGAUAUGGACAUGAAGACAAUAUUCAGAGCUUUUGGUCCCGAUUUCAAAGAGAAUUACUUAGCUGAGCCCUUUGACAGUAUCCACAUUUAUCCACUGAUGUGUAAACUCCUGGGCAUCAAUCCACAGCCCAAUAAUGGAUCUUUAGCAUUUACACAGAAAAUGCUCAUUGAUACUUCACAGCCAGAGUUGAUCCUGCUUGCUGCUAUCAUUUUAAGUGCCAUAGCAGUGAUACUUGUGCUAAUAUUCAUCACAUCGGUGACCCACACUGCCGUCCAACGAAAGAAGGGGCUAAAGAAGGAUCAUCACAAAGCAAAGAAGAACCCACCUUUAUCAUCAACAACGUUGUGA